CAUGCAUAGAUGGUGCCAAACAAGUGGACCAUGAAUUCAGUUCUGCACAAAUCGCCACCGAGGAGCUGGCUUGGUCUCAGAUUACGACUCAAUGACAAGCCUGUCCAGGAGGAAGACUGGGUGGUGUGCCAGCACCCUGAGUGUCCUGAGCGCCGGAGGGCCUCUAAGGUUUGCCACCACCCAGACUGCCAAGACCUGAAUAACAAAGGCCCCCUUCACCUGUGUGAGUCAUGUGACACACGCAGCCAUUCAGAGAACACAGACAACAUGCACUUUGACCGGCCCCGAUUUGACUUACAACCUCAAGCUUCCAUCCUGGCUCGAAACGUGUCAACACGCUCCUGUCCGCCGCGCACCAGCCCCCCCUCCGACCUGGAGGAAGAGGAUGAGGGGAGCAAUGACCGCGGGGAGCGUAAAACAGGGGGGAUGAAGUUGGUGAAAAAGAAGACACGGAGACGACACACUGACGACCCCAGUAAGGAGUGCUUCAGCCUUAAGUUUGAUCUCAAUGUGGACAUAAACACAGAGAUCGUACCUGCAAUGAAAAAGAAAACCCUGAGAGAGGUUCUAGGUCCAGUAUUUGAGAGGAACGGCAUCGAGCUGUCCCGGGUUGACUUGUUCCUGGAUCAGUCCAACACGCCGCUGUCCCUCAACUUUGAGGCCUACCGUUUUGGAGGACACUACCUCAAAGUCAAAGCACGGCUUGGUGAUGAGCUGAAGGUGGAGCAGGGUGUGAAGGACUUGCGGUCGCUCAGUCUGCCCAACAUGAAGCCCUCUGGAGGUCAGAGCCCCUACAUCCUCACGCCGGGCAGCGAGAAGGUGGAGCAUGGAUCUCUGGGACGCAAAGAAACUGUGGAUCUCUUGGGUCAGGCACGACGGAGGAAGAACAUGACUGAGUUCCUGGGAGAAACGAAUAUUCCUACCCCGGAAGCUCUGGGACAUAUCGGUGGCUCGAUGCCCGGCAUCGGGGCCGGUCCCGACAGCUGGAAGAACCGCGCUGCCAGCCGCUUCAGUGGCUUCUUCAGCUCCAACGCUGGAGCGGGGCCCUUUGGCAAGGAGGCCGACCGUCUGGAGCAGCUCCACAGCAAGCUCCACUCCUACAUGUUGUUCGGGCUGCCCAAGGUGCCGCUGCAGCUCUCCUUCCACCAGGACUCCUGGGAGGAGGAGGAGGAGGAGACCAACCUGGUCCUGGAGGACAGUUGGCAGAUGUUACUGGACAACUCAGAGACAUUGACAAGGCGACAGUUCCACCAGCAGGAGGCGAUAUGGGAGCUGCUUCAUACCGAGGCAACCUACAUAAAAAAACUCCGAGUCAUCACUGAUCUGUUCCUGUCUGGGCUGCUGAACCUGCAGGAGAGCGGUCUGCUGACGGAGGUGGAGCCCGCCAAGCUGUUCAGUAACAUCCAGGAUCUUGUCCGCCUCCACACGUCACUGUGGAACCAGGUCAUGCUGCCGGUCCUGGAGAAGGCCAGGCAGGCCCGGGCUCUGCUGGACCCCACCGACCUUCACCACGGAUUCAGGACGUUUGGCUCCAGGUUCCAGCCCUACAUCCGUUACUGCAUGGAGGAGGAGGGCUGCAUGGAGAACAUGCGCACGCUUCUCAGGGACAAUGAGCUCUUCAGGACCUACGUCACGUGGGGAGAGACCCAUAAGCAGUGUAACCGUCUGAAGCUGGUUGACAUGUUGGCGAAGCCUCACCAGAGACUGACCAAAUAUCCACUCCUACUGAAGAGUGUUCUCAAGAAGACGGACGAGCCGUCGGCCCGGGACAUCGUCAACAGCAUGGUGGCUGCUGUCGAGGGCUUCAUCAACAGCGUGGACUCCCAGAUGCGACAGCGUGAGGAAAAACAGAAGCUGGCCACCAUUUCUGCCCGUAUAGACUCCUACGAGGCUGUAGAGGGCAGCAGUGAAGAAGUGGAGAAGAUCCUUAAGGAGUAUAACUGCUUCGACCUCAUGGCUCCCAUGAGAGGGAUUUCACCGGAGGAGUGUCGACAGCUGCAUCUUGAGGGAGCUCUGAGGAUGAAAGAGGGCAAAGACAGUAGGAUGGAAGUCCAUUGUGUCCUGUUCACCGACCUACUGCUGAUAACCAAGCCAGUGAAAAGAGCGGAGAAAGUCAAAAUCAUCCGCCAGCCUCUCCUCAUUCACAAUGUCGUCUGUAAGGAACUCAAAGACCCAGGCUCAUUCAUCCUCAUCUACCUCAAUGAGUUCAAGAGUGCAGUUGCAGCCUACACCUUCCAAGCCAACAGCGUCACCCAGGGGCGAAGCUGGAUCGAUGCAAUCUGCAAUGUCCAGAACCAGCUCCAGAGGCUUCGCACUGAGGAGGACCACCGGCAGCAGAACAGUAUGAAGAGAUGUACGGAGGGUGUGGCAGAAGAUGAGGAGGAAGAUGAGAGCAGCAACUCCGCCACAAGUUCCCCCUGCCUCAGGCACAAAGACCAGCAGAACUCGAGUCAAUCAGACGGUUCCACUGAGACCCUGUCAGUGAUGGACAUUGAUGAGUCCGGCGAACACCAAGAGCUUCCUUCCCCCAACAUGAACCCCCAUGGAACCAGUAAAAAAGACUCCGAUGUGGCUCUCCUGUCUGAGAGGUCUGAGGUCCAGCAGUCACAGUCCAAGAGCCCCCACAGAGUUCACUCCAGUGUUUACUCUAAACACGACCAGGAGACGGGUCCUGAUGGCGAGGAGCUGGACCCUCAGUGUCGCUCUCUCUCCAUGGACAGCGCCUACGGUACCCUCUCCCCUGAAUCCCUCCUGAGAGAACAUCAGACUCAGCACCGCCAACGGGAAGGAGAUGAGGAGGAGGCAGAGCAGGAAGAGAUAGAAUUAGAGGAGGUAGAAGAAGAGCAGGAGGAAGAAGAGGAAGAGGAGGAGGACGCUGCCUCGUUGGGGUCCCAGCUGUCAGUAGUCCAGUCCUCUAAACCUCGACGGCGGCCUCAUGUUCAGUCUCGACUCCACUGCCUCCAGAGGCUUUCCACUCUGGCCUUAUCCCGCUCUGAGGACAAUCUGCUGCAGCGGCUCCACGGUAGAACCCCCGUAUCCCACAAUCACUCACUCAGCUCCAAGGCGCAGGACCAAUCACAAUCUCAAUGUAGGGACAUGGACACAUCACCGCUGGCUCACAGUAAAAGCCUGACGGAGUUAGUUGGCUUGGAGCCGUUUUCCAGUGACCUUGACCAAUCUGACGACUGCUUGACCAUGAGCAUGCCCUCUGAGAAACUCUGUGCCACCCUGAGGAGGGCUGUGGACAGGCUCGGCCACACUGAACCCGCCAGAGCACGAGAGGGCGACGAGUCCCAAAGCAACAGCUCAGACGGGGAAACGGCUCCAUCUGCCUGCGUAGAAAGGAAAAAGGAGUCAACAGCCACCGGUGAAUCGGGGGAGAUGUCACCUAAUAAGAGGAAAACACCGGCCCAGCAGCACAAGAAGCUGACACUAGCUCAGCUGUAUAGGAUACGCACCACUCUUGUCCUCAACUCUACACUCACUGCAUCGGAGGUAUAACCACUCUUCCACACAGCUGACCUGUGGCAUGUGGGCAUAAUAAGGAACAACACUUGUUUUGCUUCGAUGGACUGAAUUUCUCGCGACACAAAUGCACUCUCUCUUUUGCUGCCUUCUCCAUUCUGGUUGCUUUUUGGACACUGAUAGUACCAUUUUUUUCUUUGCUGUUGCAUUGGUUUUCCAAUUUUUUUGAUUGGAAAGGAGAGGCAGAGAGACAUAAACUGCUUGCACUUUGCAACUGAAGUAGCAUUAUAGGGGCUGGGACGUUAAAUGUGACUGGGAGAGUGAGCACCAGAGAAGAGUUGGAGCUGAAUCCUGCAUCUUCUCAAUCUCUGUUACCAGAGUCCAAAAGAGGAACACUAAGUCUUGAAAAUGCUGUCUACACGUGGCUAAAAAAAACAAAAAAACAGCACCUAGGACGUCCUCCUAAUAUUUAUACUACUCCUGGUUUGCUUUAACAAAAGAAAAAACUAAGAAAAUUGCACAGUUAUAUAUGUUAAGUAGAAGAAUCACUUAAGAGUGAAUUUACAAUAACAGUCACAGAAUGAAUUAGAAUUUAAUGUUUGCUGUCUGUGUCUGCUCGUGUACAGAAGUAUGUAUGUGUGAGGGAAUGUGUGAAUGAUUGUCUUGUGUUCAAAUGAUAACCUGGUCCUCAAUUCCUGACUGAACCUUAACUGAUUCCCAUCUGCUGUGAUUAUGCGAACACAACCAAAGAUGGAAGUAGCCAGUAGAUUCCCAACAACCAAAAAGGUUCAAGUCAGCUAAUCAUGUUUCAACAGAUUUCUCAGAUGGACUUCCUUUUUUUAUUCUGUUAAUCUAUGUUGAACUAAUGUGAUUUGGUAUCUUGAACUGAGAGUUGAGUUCCCCCCAAAAAAAACUUUGACUGAAUGAGCACAAGCAAGAAUGUGUCAUAGGAACAACACAAAAAGAUGUCUACACUUGAGUAAUGCUUGUGAACACUAAUGAGAAAAAAGUUUUGGGUUGGAUAUUCUGUCAUGAGUGAAUCAGUUGGACACUACUACUUAACAUUCACACUGAUAUACAACUUUUCAGAUCAGUGAUUUAUAACAUUGUACCAAACAUCGCCCAAACCAAAUAGGUUAUCUGUUUACUUUUUUUUUGUGAAUGUAAUAUUUAUUAUGCUUGCUAUGUUUUAUAUAUAAGAUAUUGUUUAUAUUGUUUUACUUCAAUGAUUUGUACAUUUGUUUUGUGGAUGUAGUCUUAAUAUUUUUUUCUUGCCAGGCAUGACUGUGCUAUGAACCAAAAUGAUGUGUUUCCUCUUUCAGGAAUAAUGUUAAAGUGUCUUACAGAAUAAAAAUGCUAAAAUACUUUAUCCCUCUUUUAAUGGUUUAAUCCAUUGUAAUGGAGUGAUUUGAGGGGAAAAGCUGAAUCUGAAUGGCAUUAAGCAUUAAAACUACAUGAACUGGU